GUUCACACACACACUCUGCUUCAACGCAUUCGGUUUGUUUGACAGCUCUACGUGAGACAGAAAGUAGUUUAAAAGAAAGAAGAACGAACUGCGGUUUAUAUUUGAAAAAUCAGAGUAUAAGAAUAAAGUGCGUGUGCGUAAUAUAAGUAACGAGCCAGAACAGACACAGAACCAAUUAGCAAUUAAAGUAGAGGACCAGCAAAAAUGGGUAAAGCUCAGAGCAAGCGAUCAAUUGAUAUUACCACCGAUCCGAAGAAGGUUGGCGAGGGCGACGAAGUCGCUGGCAAAGUUGAGAAAAUUGAAGAUGUCGAUCAAACGUCGGCGGCGCCCGCAUUAAAUGGCGAUGCGGCGACGCCAAAGGAAGAGAACGAGGAUGCGGCUGCAGCGGGCGAGAAAAAGCAGACCGAAGAGAACUCUGAGAACGACAAAGAUCUAACCACCGAGAAGAAGGCAGCAGCAGCAGCAGCAGCAGGAGGAGCAGAUGCUGCAGCUAAAGGCGAUGGAGCCGCUGGCGAUGCGAGUGCUGAUGCUGCCAAGGAUGAGGCGGCAGCGGCAUCUGGCUCCCCCAAAGAAGAGGAAAUCUCGCCACUGGCCGAUGAGAGUAUCAAGUCCAAGUCGAAGAAGGAUAAGGUGAAAAAGAAGUGGUCAUUCCGUAGCAUAUCGUUUGGCAAGAAGGACAAACAGAAGCCAGCCAAGACAGAGGAGCCUGCAUCCCCAACAGCUGCUGCAGCAACGGCAGAGACAGUUGCCACGAAUGGCGAGGCGGAGCGACCAGCAGACGCAGCCGAAGGAGCAGCUGCAGCCGCCGCUGACAAAGCAGAGCAGCCAAGCGCGGACGCAACAGCUGCAGCUGCGCCGGCAUCGCCUGUGGCUGAAGCCGCCAAACCCACCGAGAAUGGCGCAGCCAGCGAACAGGAAAAACAGGAGGAAAAGAAACAGGCGAAUGGCGAUGAGAAGUCUGCGGCGCCAGCAACAGUAGGCGAGGAGCAGACGGCGGCCAAGUCAGAGAGCUCAAGCACCACCGCCACUGCCGAGCCGCCGAAAGUAGAUGAGCCAGUCGAACAGCCAAGCCCGAUCCCAGAGCCCGUUAGCAACAAGAAUGAAACCACCGAAGUUGUUACCAAUGGUCAUGGCGGUGCAGACGAGCCACAAUUGACCAAUGGGGACAAGAACGGUUUGGCCGAAACUCCAACCGAGCCAGAGGCGGCAGCAGCAUCAGCAACCUCCAGCAACAAUGUGGAUGAUGAGUCGCACCAUCAGAACGGCACGAAUGGAGUGGCUGAGACCAACGAGACAGCCACGCCACCGCCAACUCCUGUCACUGUCGAGUCUGAUGCCGAGCAAAUUAAGAACAAGUCGCAAAUUGAGGUAAAACAACAACUAGACAACACAAACAACACUGUAAAUACGAUUACCACAACAACAACAACAACAAACGCCACUGAGAACAACACUGAAAAACCCACAGAGACCGAAACAAUUGCAGCCGCAGAGUUAGUUCAGACCCAACAAGCCAACUCCCAAAAUAACACAUUACCACCUAACACAACCGACACAACCACCGACAAUUCCGCUUAUCUUCCCACCUCCCAAGCCCAGGACGAAGUGCAAGCGGAUGUCGCCGAAGAAGAACAAGUGGUUGCCGCUAUUAUAGCGGCUGUUAGUGAGAGCUCCGAUUCCGAGGGGUUUGUCUUGAUUGCACCGCAGCCAACAGCAGCAGCAACAGCUGAGUCCCCACUUGAACCACCAGCAGCAGAGGCAGCAGCUGAGUCCCCGAUUUCAGUUUCCCCUGUGCCCAGUGUAGAACCUCUAACCGAAACAACUCAAUUCGUAGCAGAGUCCAAGCCCGAUGUCCCCGUUUCUGUCGCCGAAGACAGUGGCGAACCUGAUGUGGUGGCCGUUGAGUUCAGUCAGCCGCCACCACUGCCCAAGUCCCCGCCACCGUCGCGUGUUUCGGCAUUUGCACUGACCACAGACGAAGAAACGCAGGACAACGAGGACGAUGACAAGUUCGUGAAAGAGGAAACAAAGCAAGAGCAGGAGGUUGUGCUACCACCACCUCCGCCAGCCGUGGUGGAGCAAGAUCCACUCUUGGCAGACAUUGAGAAUCAGGCGCAAGCCAUUGUGAACGAAAUCACCGAACAGGCAGCAGACAUUGCAACGGAGCAGGAUAAACAGAGCUCAUCCAUAAUUGACGAUGACGAGGAGGCUGUCGCUGAGCAGCUAAGAAGUUCAAGUGCUAAGAUCAUCACAGAUGUGGAUGAGGAUGAUAACGAAGACAUUGGACAAGAUCAAUUAACGAAUGCAGCUACGAUCAGCCAGAAGGAGUUGGAAUCCGUGCAGCCAGAGCAACCGAUUAUUGAAUCCGAUCUUGAGGCGAAGAUCAUCAGCCAGGAAGAAGAACAGUCCGAGGAUGUGAAAAAUAGCGAAGACAAUGCUCGUGUGGUAGAUGAAUCCAGUUUGCGGGGGAAUGAUGACAAAGAACCCAUUGUACAGCAGCUAGAGGAGACGGAAAAGAAUAAGGAUACUACCACUGGUACCGAUAAUGAUAACGAGAACGAGAACGUUAAUGAUAAUGAAAAUGUUAUUAGCGACAAGCAGAGUAUAGAUAAGCUGCUUGCGCCAGCGGACAUUGAAGUAGAUGCUGCUCAUCAUGAGGAUAUCGCCAAGGAUCUGAAGGAGAAGAACGCCGCGGCAGAUGUUACAACACAGGACCUGGCCGUGACAUGCGAAUAAUACUAAUAAUUAUUAUAUAUAUUACAUAUUAUUAAAAAAACAAAAGAAAAAUAAGAAAAAAACACGAUAAAUCAAAUAAGAAAACAACGCAACGUAAAACCAACAAUUAAAAGAUACAACACGAGAGCAAAAAAAAAAAAAAAGCAAAAAUACACUUUUAACAUUUACAUAUUUUAAUCAUUUUUGUACGAAUUUCAUAUCCCUAAUCCAAGAUUACAUGAGCAUAUAUUCAAGAGCAAAUGAAACAAACGGAAUAUACGACUACACUAAUACACUAACUAACAAACACACAUACGCACACACGUCUCCACCUCCAAAUCCAUCGCCCACCAAUAGACGAGGAAACGGUUUUCAAGUGUUGGUCCAAUUGAUGCACCACAAAUCACGUAUAUUCGUAUAAUUCAU